CAAGAUCUGGCAACACUGGUAAUGACCAGCCAUCCUGGGAGGGGAGAUCUGUCACCACGCAACGUAACAGUGAAGCUGCGAUCUUGUUCCUGCUUUCCGAAAAUAAACUAAUUCAAGGGUGCAGUCAUGAGUGCAGAAGAAAAACACAAUUGUUACGAGGGCGUCUAUUUCAACCAUUUCCAGUUCUACCUGCAGAAGUCCGGCGAGCACGAAGCCAUUCUCAAGUCUCUCCAAAACCUUCUGCCCGCAGAAUUUCAAAGAAUUGGAGCGGGAAAAAGCAGCCUGGAUGUGCUCGGUGUUGGGAGUGGCGGAGGUGAGCUGGAUGCCCAGAUGCUCUCGCUUCUGCAGUCGGCGUUCCCUUCUGUUCCCAUAACGGCUGACAUCGUGGAGGGCAGCUCUGAGCUCACAGACAAAUUCAAAGCUUUGGUAGCCAAGACUCCAAACCUUGAGAAGAUCCAGUUCUCCUGGCACAUCAUGCCCAGUGAGGACUAUGAGAAGCAAGUGAAAGCAAAGGGAGACCUAAAGAAAUUUGACUUCAUACACAUGAUUCAGAUGAUCUACUAUGUAAAUAGCCUGGCUGAAAGUAUCAAGUUUCACCACAGCCUCCUGAAAACCAGUGGCAGUCUCAUGAUCGUUGUUGAGGCAGCCAACAGCGGUUGGGACAUCCUGUGGAAGACUUACAAGAAGGAGCUGUGUGUUGAAAAAGUCCAUGAGUACCGCUCAUCGGGAGAGGUCAUUGCCGCCCUUAAGGACCUGGGCCUUAAAUUUGAGGAUCACGCCGUUCCCAACAGCUUCGACAUCACAGAGUGCUUCGACCAGAGCAGCGUAACUGGAGAAAGUCUGCUUAGUUUCAUCACAGGAAGGGACCACUUCUACGAGUCCUUCACCCCGGAGGUCAGAGCAGGCAUCCUGGAGCUCCUCAAGAACAAGUGCAGCACUGAAAAAGAUGGUAGGGUGUUCUUCAACAGCAAUCUGCGCUGCAUUUUCGUUCAUGCUUAAGCGUCUUGACUAAAAUGUUCUUAAUGCGCAUUUUGUGUCAGCAAGUUUGCUCCCUUAAACUAUUACACGGUGAAUGGGUAACUUGAGCUUCUGCUCUUGAUUUCCACGGAAAACUCCCUUUUUAAAAAGCAAUUUUCCUUAAAUCCUAAGUUACUUAGAGUUUUAGAAUGUUUUGAUCAGCAGAGGGACUUUAGUAGUAUGAGCAAGAUAAUUAUUUAAAUGUAAGCUUUUGAAUCAGCAUUGUAAUAAAAAUAGAAAAGUGUCAUUAAUGUGGAAGAAGCCACUUUUGCGAUGAGCCAACAGGCAAUUAUCGCCUAACUCCCUCGAAUCUACAAGUCGUAGCAGCCGAGAUAAUUAAAAGACUAAAACAACCAAUUGUGCAUUAUCUGAUGAAAAAAGCUGAGCGUUUUGAAGCAAAGUGGGGAGAUGUAUCCCUAAGGAGUACAAGAUUAAAACUUGAGAAUUGUUCUUACAGAGUAUUGGACAUAAAGGCCAAAAAGUACUGAUUAAUAAAUUUGCUAAAUCAACAUUAAA